UGCGCUGUGUCCUUCGGACACAGCAGAUCACCGAUCUAUGGAAAGAGCCGAAGAUGUUGGCUCGAUCAUGUGAUCAGCUGUGUUCAAACACAGCUGAUCACAUGGGACAUGUACACAGAUCAUCAGAGCACUGAUGAUCAGUGUGCCCUGAUGAUCUGUGUAGCCUCAGCAGCGCCACCUGCCAGUGUCCAUCAGUGCCAGCUCUGUGCUCAUUCAUGCCACCUGCCAGUGCCCAUCAGUGCCACAUCAAUGCCACAUAUCAGUGCCCAUCUGACCUGCCUUUCAGUGUCACCCAUCAGUGCUGCCAGUCAGUGCCGCCUAUCAGUGCCCAUCAGUGAUGCCUGUCAAUGCCCAUCAGUGCCACCUACCAGUGCCUCCUCAUCAGUG